CAGUGUGUUUAAUGUUUUGUGUUUACAAAGUGAACUCGAAUAAAGCCUUGGCUCUUUUUCUAAAUGUAAAUGCAAAUUAACUUCCGGUUGCAGCAAUGACGUCACCCCGCACGUCGGAGCUCCGUGCUCCAUCGCGGCGUUUCCCAGUGAAACACCGGAGCGCCGCCGCAGGAUCCGGGAUUACAAAGAAGUAAACAAAUAAGACAAGAAAUCGUAUUUUUGAGGGUCCGACGCCGGAGACACGGUGCUGCACCAUGGAGGAGCAAAAGGAGUCUCUCAGAAAGAUGGUCAACACACUGGCGCUGAAAAAUGAGGAGAUCCAGAACUUCCUCUGUUGCCUGAAGCAAAAUUUGCAGAACCUAGAGGCAAACUCCACCCGUGUCCAGGAGGAUCUGGACUUGGAGUUUAAUUCUCUGCAUGCUGUUCUGGACGAGCUGAAGGAGGGAAUGGUGACCCAAAUCAAACAGGAACGAGCCAGUCGCACCUAUGAGAUACAGAAUCAGCUGAGCGCCUGUACAAAAGCCCUGGAGAGUUCAGAGGAGCUGCUGGAUGUGGCUAAUCAGAUGCUCUGCUCCUCCGAGACGGAUGGCUUUGGUCAGGCGGCUAAAGACAUAAAGGAUAGUGUUACUAUGGCCCCAGCGUUUCGCCUCUCUUUAAAAGCUAAAGUGAGUGACAGUAUGAGUCACCUUAUGGUGGACUUUACUCAUGAGCGUGAGAUUCUCCAAGCCAUCAAAUUCCUCCCAGUUCCUGCUACUCCGGAGAUUCAGGAGUCUGAAUGUCAGGUGUGUGAUAACUCCAUCACGGUGAUCUGGACUUUACCAGAACCGGACUCUAAAAUCGACCACUACAUCCUCGAGUACCGGCGAACGAACCACGAGGGACCUCCACGCGCUCGGGAGGAGCAUCCCUGGAUGGUGGUGGAGGGGAUUAAAGAGAUGGAGUACACACUCACAGGUCUUCGCUUCGACACACGUUAUAUGACGUUUCGGGUAAAAGCAUGUAAUAAAGCUGUAGCAGGGGAGUUCUCCGAGCUGGUUACUUUGGAGACACAUGCAUUUGUGUUCAAGCUGGAUGCGGGUUCGUCCCACCAGAACCUGAAGGUGGAGGAUUUGAGUGUGGAGUGGGACAGCAGCGGGGGCAAAACGGUGAUCCAGGACAUCCGCAAGGAGAAGAACAGAACAAGCUCUCCUAUGCACUCUCCAGCCAGGACAGCCAUGAUGUCUCCAAAGAGAGCGCUUUCAGCGCGUGUGGGUCGAGACCGUUUCACGGCCGAGUCCUACACUGUUCUGGGUGACACCAUGAUUGACUCAGGGCAGCACUACUGGGAGGUUCGGUUCGAUAAAGAGAGCAAGACAUUUGCGGCGGGCGUGGCACUGCGAUCUCUCGGCCGAUUUGAUCAGUUGGGCAAGAGCAGCGCCUCGUGGUGCAUCCAUCUCAACAACUGGUUGCAGCAGAGCCUCAGCGCCAAGCACAACAACAAGGCCCGCACCCUGGACUGCCCCAUCCCCGAGCGCAUGGGCAUCUACUGCAACUAUGAUGAGGGCACAGUGUCUUUUUACAAUUCCAAAAACAAAACACUCAUGCAUACAUUUAGGACCAAAUUUCAGCAGCCGGUUAUUCCAGCUUUUAUGGUGUGGAACGGGAGUUUCUCGGUUCAGACGGGUCUGCAGGUUCCCACCAUAGUGCAGUGCGGCCAGAAAAGGAGCAGCAAUGCCAGCAGCUCCAAUGCCAGCCUUACCUAGACCUCCCCUCACCCUCCUCCACCCAUCUUCCUCCACCGCUUUGUAGGACUGUCGUCUGUCACUCUGGCUUUUAGUGGCAGCGGAAAGAAAUACCCAUGUUUUUACUCCCUUGUUUAGCAAUGGAGAGGAAAAAAGAAGCAUUAGCUCUCUGUGCCUUUUAGCUUUCUCAUUACGUCCAUGAACAUGUAAGGCUUCCACACAGCAAUGUGACCGUAAUUCAUUUUCAGGGUUUUGUCACAUCUUCUGUGUCACUCAUUAUGAAAUCGAGGUGACAUUUAGGCGGUUUAAAACUAACAUUUUCCUACACAUGCACAAAAACUGUUGAAUAUCAAUAAUCUUUGUGUAUAUGAGGAGAUAUUUAAUACGACAUUUGUUUUAUGCAGUAUAUAUUAACGAGGGUUUCUGUGUAAAUGUGAGAGCAUUUUGUCAGAAGUAAAACUAAUGCGAGUGUUUGAGCAAAUACCGGUGCAGCUUUUGUGGGAACGUCUGAGGUAAAAAUGCAAAUGUAGAAGCAUUUUGAAGGUGUGUGUGUGAAGAAAAAUUGUGGAUGCAAUUGUUUUUGUGUGAAUGUUGUGGGCAUUUCUGAGGUAAAAUUGUGAAGGGGACAGCGUUUUGUGAGCAUGUGGGAUGUUCAAUCAUGAAAUGCAAGUAUUUUGUGGGUAUGUCUGAGGUAAAAUGUGUGAAUACUAGUGUUUGUGUGAAUAAGAGAGCAAUCUUUGGGUACAUGUUUGAAAUAAAUACUCUUACACCAUUUUAUGUUGUGAAUGUGAGGUUUUUUUUUUAUUUUGUGUGUGAAUGUCUACUUUUUGGGUUUGUCCGAGCAAAAAAUAUGAAUGCGAAACCAUUUUGUGCACGUGUGAUUGAAAUUUCCGAACGGGAGAGUUUUUGUGCAAACGCAAGAACAGGUUAUGGGUAGAUGUUUUAAAUAAAUGCUCUCGCAUACACACACAAUUUGGUGUGUGUGAAGGACAAAAAAAAACCUGACUGCCUAAAUGCCACCUCAGAGCAACCAAAAUAUAUAUAUAAAAACGUUUUUUUCUAUUGUCUGUUUAGCCAUUUAAACCAUUUUAGUCUUUUUGUGUUGCUUUGUUUAAUGCAUUUCUACACCAAAUGUCUUUCGUGGGCAUCUAAUUCUGCUGAAUGCUUUUUAAGUAAUAUCUGCGUUUUAUUCGGAAACAAUUUAGCACACUAACUUAAACUCUAGUAUUAAAAAGCUUCUUAUAGAAUACAUACAACAUUGUUGAGCCAGCAGAAGUCCAUACAGAGGAGUGGGAAGACACAAGAUGAAAAUUCUAUGUGUGUGUGUGUGUGUGUGUGUGUGUGUGAGAGAGAGAGAGAGAGAUGUACACCACAGUGUAUUGCUGCCUUUGUGAUGGCAAAGUUUUUACGCUUAUGACAAACAGGUCAUACUUGUUUUUGUUGCACAUAGAUGUGCGGGGCAAAGGUAAAAUAUUCCAGUUCCCUUCUCAGUUAUGUACAAUAUUUUAUCGUGUUUUUUUGGAUUACGUGCAUGGUGACCAUGUCACUAAACAUUACACGGAAAAUUACAAGAAGCGGUGAGGUGUUUGUGCUAACACCCGAUUGCAAUUUGCAGUAUAUCUAUGUAUAAAAACUAUUCAUGCUUUUAUGCUCAAACCGUAGUAUAAUAACACUGUAAAGUCCUUCAUUUUAUUCACAUUGUAAUCCUGUUCAAGAUAAUAAAACACUACGACUGAAA